CACUCUGCGACACACAACAACAAUGGAGCUACUCACAAGCUUGACCAACUGGUUAACUCCGACGACUCUCUUCCUCCUCCUCAACUUCACGAUCGGCACUAUCUUCAUCACCAACCGGUUCAGUUCCGGUUCAAGAAAACACAACCCGAAUCAAGAUGGUUUCGGGUCGGGUCAUGACCAAAAUCAUGCACGGUUUGGCAGACCUCCUUCGCUCAUAGACAGAGUCAAGUCCAUCAACUUCCAUCUCUACAAUUCUCCUUCACCAGAAUCCGAGAUCCACUUCUCCGGGUCGGAUCCUAACCAGAAUCCACCUCCUUCUCUAUUGCAACGGGUCAAAUCCAUCAACGUGCCUUACUUCAAGUUCCCACAGCAUAAUUCUGAAGGAGAUUACGCUGCUUACGAGCUCAUGACCCGACCCGAAGAGACUAACCGGGUCGACCCGAUCGACAAGAUCCCGGAAGAUGACGUCAUGACCGAACCUAGAUUCGGAGCUCCAUCACUCUUGCAGCGGGUAAAAUCCAUAAAGCUUCCUUCUUUAUACAGAUCCGACCCAGAUCCAACCCCAGAAGAGCAAACACCGGCGAGGACGAAGUCGGAGUCGAGUAAACCGGCGACGAAGAAGAAGAAGAAAGCUACAAAGAAGAUGAUGAAAUCUGCUAGCGAGAGACACAUCGGCCGGGAAGAGGAGACAGUUGAGGCCGUGGAGAAGAGAAGGCCGGAGACGAUGAGAGUUGAAAGAACGACGUCGAUCGGAGACGGAGGAGAAGAAGGUGUCGACGAUAAAGCUUCAAAUUUCAUCAACAAGUUUAAGCAGCAACUUAAGCUACAGAGGCUAGAUUCGUUUCUAAGGUACAGAGAGAUGCUCAAGAACGAGUAAGUGGAGAUUACGGUUUUACCCUUAUUCGGAAUCGUCUUUCCCCGGCUUUCCAGUUUGGAGUUUCGUGGUAAAUAGGCCCUGAAUCUGAAGGGCUUUUAGGUCAUUUUGGAUCGUAUUUUCUAGUUUGUGUCUAGAUUUGGUGAUGACUGGAUGACAAAACUAGUUUGUGUCGUGUGCGUAAUUGCUGGAUCUGGACGUCUGAGUUCCAUUGCACUUUUUUGUUUUUACUCGAUGGUAAAAGUAGUUUUAUGCUGUUUUUAUGUGGAAAAAAUAUCCUAAUAAUAGUAGGUUCUUAAA